AGCAACCGCCCAGUUUCCGUUUGCAUGGCUUGAUUAGCCUACUAGGUAGAGGAUGGAUAGUGACGUCCUAGGCAAUAUUCAUCAUUGCCUCAGAUGUUCAUUUCGUCUACCGCGUCCAGUAACGUAAACCUCGAAUACAUAUCUGCAGAAUAAUAUAAACGAACAAUAACUCAAUAGAAUCGAUUGAUGUUCUAGGCUACGCGUACCCUAUCCCUUUCGAAGCUUUCGUAGCCAAUCUGGUUUUUGGGAACUCAGCAGCUAAAUGGAUUUAUACGGGAAGAUGGCUGUGACGCAAGAUGGGAAGCAAGAAGGCUCAGAUCAGAACUUUGAUUACAUGUUUAAAUUAUUAAUCAUAGGAAACAGCAGCGUUGGGAAAACGUCUUUUCUUUUUCGCUAUGCUGACGACGCGUUCACUUCAGCCUUUGUCAGCACUGUGGGAAUAGACUUUAAAGUGAAAACUGUCUACAAGAAUGAGAAGAGGAUCAAACUACAAAUCUGGGACACGGCUGGCCAGGAGAGGUAUAGGACCAUCACAACAGCGUACUACCGGGGGGCCAUGGGCUUCAUCCUAAUGUAUGAUAUCACCAAUGAGGAGUCCUUCGCUGCCGUCCAGGACUGGUCGACCCAAAUCAAGACGUACUCAUGGGACAAUGCCCAGGUGAUUCUGGUGGGGAACAAGUGUGACAUGUCCGAUGAGAGAGUGGUGUCUGUGGACAGCGGGCGGCUGCUGGCAGAACAGCUGGGCUUUGAGUUCUUCGAGGCCAGCGCCAAGGAGAACAUCAGUGUCAAGCAGACGUUCGAGAAGCUGGUGGACAUCAUCUGCGACAAGAUGUCCGAGAGCCUGGAGGCCGACCCUGCUCUGGCAUCGGGCUCGCCGGCCACCAAGCUGACCGACAACCCACCACCCCCCCAGCAGCCAAACUGCGGCUGUUAAUGGCCGACCAUCUAGCCAGCCGCCUGUCUCAGUGGAGGGGAAUUCAGUGUGUUAAUCAGUUUGUCAUCUAAAAAAUUAUACGUCUAUCUCACCCUCAGUGACAUGCAGUAGCCAGUAGCUCAAAUUCCAUGCACACACAUUCCUCUCCCACUAGUGCCAAAAUGUUACUUUGGGUAGGUUUUAGGGAAAAUAAAAGUAUACUCCAAUGGACCGCUUAUGUCAGGCAUAGUUUGUGCCUUUUACAGUAAAGCAUAACCAUAAGGUUUAUCCACUCACCAUUAGUCAGGAUUAGUCACGGCGAAACUAGUACAAGUACAAGUAUCUGCAGAAGCUGUUAACUGCAUUUUCUUUUCAUUGCAUUUUCACUACUAGGGUCCACACAACAUUAGCGACCUGUAUAUAUCCACAUCACACUGACCUUUAUUCUCUGCUCUGUCUUACUUCGGCUCUUACUACUGGAGUUCCCUCAUAAUUGCCUCCCAGUAGAACUGUAAAUGUUUUAGAGGUCUGGUUGGAAGCCAGAUCAGAAUACCUUUGGAAGCAUAUUAGUCCUCAUGCUUAUGAAAGAGAGAGAGCUUCACAAAGAGAGACACUGGACUUUUGAUGGGAGUUCAGUAGCACUGGGACUUUUUUUGGACGGGAUAAAAUCACUUCAUUCCCAUGCACAGAGAUUAUUAGUAAACUACUGUGGUAACAGUUUUUCUCAUUGGUUUUGGUGCAUUUCUCAAAUCAUCAUUAACAUUUUCACAACAAUAAGUGUAUUUCUCUUGGCAGCAUUACAGUAUACUUGACAGAGUGCAUAGGAUAACUGGUUCAACACUUUUCCUCAACUCAAGCAAAUAACUAAUUUCUAGAUGUUUUUGGGGUAGUAGACAGAACCUGUGUAAUCUAUUUUGACCAUGACAUGAGCAAUUGAUAAUCUAAAAAACAGUACACAAUUCAUUGCAUGGAUGUGCAAAAGCAAUUGCUGUUUGUUCAAAGAAAUGAGAAAUUGCUUUUAUGAUGUGCCCAAGUAACUGAUGUGGAGGUUGGCCUUGAGAAUAUAAUCUCAGAAAUGCACCAAAGUGACUGAGAAAACAUAACCUUGUGACAGAGAACAUAACCUUCGGAUACAUGCGCAAAGGUGACCAUUAUAAUAUCCCUUUAUCAUGACUAUAUUCAGUGUUGAAUGCACCUUUCUGUGACUAUCCUGAUGCUGUAUCAGCCAUUUUAGUUUCACAUGGAGCAUUCUAACAGUACUGUCUGAUGCUAUUAUUGGUAGCACUAGUCCUGUGUCUCUCAGGGGAGGACAUCUAUUAGUGUGUGAAUAUUGAUAUGUGCUUAUUUAUUUAAUCAAAUUGUAUUACGCUCGUACAGUUUCACAAAGACGACAAAUGAUGCAGGUGUGUAGUAUGUAUGUAUUUGUACUUACGGUAUAUUUUUCCUCUAUUUUCUAGAUUUGUUCACAACCUGUAGUGUGUUUGUUUGAAAAGGAGUUACCCCAAUCUUUCAGUCCACCCUGCCAAUCCUGACCCAUGAUAACAUGAGAGUAUAAUCCCAACCAACCGUACAGUUGUUCACUGAAUAAAUGUCUCUAUGAGAGUGUUGUGCUGCA